AUGCUACGCGCGCUCAGGAAUUUUACUACACAUCGAUAUGGCAGACCUGGAUCAUCUUUAUCGAUAACAUGUCGAGGUGCAUCGAUUACACAGGAGGAACUUUUCGCUUACACCAAUGGCCAUUUCCUUGCCAACGAAGAAUACCAGCUAAGCAGAAGAUAUGUCCGGUUCGAUGUGGAUGAGCUUUGCAAUACUACUGCGACAGUCGGCGGAAAGUCUAGUCAGGUCACAGCUAUUGACAAAAUGGAAGGAGGGUUCAGCAAGGCUUUCUUGAUGAGAAAGGAAAAUGGAUCCGAAGUGAUAGCAAAAAUUCCAUGCCACAUUGCUGGCCCGCCCACCUUAACUACAGCUGGUGAAGUCGGCGCUCUCGAAUACAUCAGAAAACACACUAGCAUCCCUAUCCCUCGUGCUCUUGCCUGGUCUUCGAACAAUUCGAAUACUGUCGGUGCAGAAUAUAUUAUCAUAGAGAAAGCCGCCGGUGUUCCACUAUUUCAAGUUUGGGGUAGUAUGACCGAAUUUGAUCAGCUACAGUUAAUCAGAAACUUGACCCAGAUCGAGGCUCAAUUAUCAGCCAUUCAUUUCCCUGUUUAUAGAGGACUGUAUCUUCGAACGGAUAUAGAGCAACCAAAUAAGCCCCUUGACGAUGAACUUGAUCCAUCUUUCUGUAUUGGACCUUCUUAUGACCGCGGGUAUAAUCCUAAUCCAAGUCUGGACUUUGAUAAAGGACCUUGGUAUUCAAUUUCAACCCUUGGGGUUUCUAUUGCAAAGCGCGAAUUACUACGAAUACCAAAGAACGGCCAGCAAGAUCAAGCACCCUUUUAUAAAGGAGAUAUCGAAGAACAAACCGAACUCUUACAAGCAACAGAGAGUCAUACCGAUCUUCAUAUAGGAAACAUUUUCGUCGCCCCUAACGAGUGUUCAAGAAUAGUAUCCCUCAUCGAUCUCCAGUCGAUUUCCGUUCUCCCUACAUUUCUCCAGGCCCAAUGGCCAGUCUUUCUCAAACCCCCACAGAACUAUGAUUACGAGAAGGGGAUACUUGAGGUGAAACUGCGCGAUGAUUUCGAUACCCUAGAUGAGGAUGGCAAGAUGCUUGCAAUGCGCGAAUGGUCCCAAGUGAAGUUAGCAAAGGCCUAUGAGAUCUCAACCUUACUUGAGGAUAAACCGGCACAUAGGGCCAUGAACGUACCCCGUGUCUUCCGAGAGUUAUUCCUUCGAUGCGGGGAAGUCUCCGAAAUUGGCGUUCUCCCGCUUCGUGCGUGUUUGAUAGAAUUGUUUCAGAAUUGGUCGGACCUUGGAUUCACUGGAGAAUGUCCUUUAUCCUUUACGCAGGAGCAGGUCGAUACGCACGAUCGCCAAUUCUCUGAGUAUCAAGCUUGGUAUAAGAUUCAGGCUCUUGCGCAAGAAUGCCUUGACACUGAUGCGGAAGGAUGGGUCGCACCAGGAUUGGAUGUGAAUGAAAAGAGGAGGCAGAAUGAGGAAUUGUUGACUAUGUACAUUGAAAGCGUUGCUGGGGAGAAAUCUGCAGAAGAGGCGAGAGCCAUAUGGCCUUUCCCGGUCAAGGCAGGAGUAUGA